CCGGUAUACCGGUACGAACCGGUUGAACUGAGUUUUUUGAAUUCAAAUUUGAAUUCAACCGGUACCGACCGGUUUCCGGCCAAACCGAACCGGUAUACCGGUACCGGACCCCGGCGGUUUGGCCGAUCCGGUCGGUAAAUGAAACCCUGGUUGCAGCUGCCUAGCUGAGAGUUUACCUCUGUCCUCUAUAGAGUUAGUGCUCCGUUUAGAUGGAUGUCUUCAGGGGCGUUAUGAUUUCAAAGUCUACUUCUUGGUUAAUUAAUCUCAGAGCUUACACUUCUUAUGGUGUCAGUUCCACCGUGUGGAUGGACCAAGCCCAUGUGUUUCUGCAGCUGAGUUCGUCUCCGUCGAUAUGGCUGGGCCGGAGCCAAUGCUUUGCUCGUUCGCUUCAGUUGGGCCACGUCAAUACGUCAUCCUCAUCCUCUCCGCUCCACUCGUCUGCCGCCGCUGCAGCCGUUUCUUCUUCCUCCUCCGGCCGUCCGGCGGGCCGAAUCGAACCGACCCUACGUCCACUGCCGUGCCACCAGCUGCUGCUCCAGGGAUGCUAUGCUGCGCGCGCUACUCGCUCCAGCUCCUCCAACCCCAUCCCUCCUUCCCCGGCGGCGCCACCUGCUCUUGCUCAUGCUCCUCGCCUUCGUCUUCGGCCUCCGGGAGCCAGCGCCGGAGGCUCCACCCGCCAGCCGCCCUGUCCCCAACUACCUCCCGCUCCGCCCCGCCACUCACCCACCCGCCUGACGGCGGCGACUGCCCAGACGAGGACGGUGGCUCCGACGACGCCCUCCUGGCGCUCCUCCGCGCCCAUGACACCGACGCCGCCUACCGCCUCUUAUCCUCCAACCCUUCGCUCCUCCCUUCCUCCCCCACCACGGCGUCCCGCCUCCUCGCGCAGCUCUCGCUCGGUUCCAGCAGCCCCGACGCGUUCUCCCGCGUCGCGCGCCUCCUCCAGAGCCUCCGCGCCCGCGGCGCCCUCGACCUCCUCGACGCCAACUCUCUCUCCCUGGCGGCCGCGGCCGCCGCCCGCUCCCGCGACGCCCGCCUCGCGCACUCCCUCCUGCUCUACAUGCUCCGCCAGGGCUUCCUCCCCGACCGGCGCGCGUACACCGCCGCCGUCGCCCGCCUCACGCAGCCCACCAAGGCGCUCCGCCUCUUCAACGCCGUCCUCCGCCACCUCCGCCGCGCGCCGCCUGAGCUAGUCUCCCCCUCCUGCCUCCCGGACACGGUCGCCUUCAACGCCGCGCUCAGCGCCUGCGCCGACGCCGGAGACUGCCGCCGGUUCCGGCAGCUGUUCGACGCAAUGGGCGAGUGGAGCGCCGACGCCGACGCGCUCACCUACAACGUCGUCAUCAAGAUGUGCGCGCGCGCCGGCCGCAAGGGCCUCGUCGCGCGCGUGCUCGAGCGCAUGCUCUCCUCCGGCCUCGCCCCCUGCGCCACCACCUUCCACUCCCUCGUCGCCGCGUUCGUCGGCUUCGGCGACAUCCCCACGGCGGAGAGGAUCGUGCAGGCGAUGCGGGAAGAGCGCAAGGACAUAUGCCUGCUUCUCAGAGCUGUCGCCAUGGAAUGCGACGAUGUGCCCGACGUCGAGCAGGGUGCUGCCCUGCUUGACGACAUCGUCACCGGCGCCAAGCCAGACGAGCUGCCGCUGCUCCCCAAGGCAUACCCACCCAACGCCAGGGUGUACACCACGCUGAUGAAGGGGUACAUGAACGCCGGCCGCGUCGACGACGUCGUGGCCUUGCUGCGGGCGAUGCGGCGCGAGGCGGAGACGGUGCCCGCAAGCCGGCCGGACCACGUGACCUACACGACGGUGAUAUCAGCGCUCGUCGCCGCCGGCGACACGGCGCGCGCGCGCGCCGUGCUGGACGAGAUGGCCGCCGCCGGGGUUCCCGCGAACCGGGUCACCUACAACGUCCUGCUCAAGGGGUACUGCCAGCAGCUGCAGAUCGGCAAGGCCAGGGAGCUCUUCGAGGAGAUGGUGACGGGCGCCGGCAUCCAGCCCGGCGUGGUGACGUACAACACCCUCAUGGACGGGUGCGUGGUCACGGACGACAGCGCGGGCGCGCUGGCCUUGUUCAACGAGAUGCGGUCGCGGGGCAUCGCGCCGUCCGCGGCGAGCUACACGACGCUGAUGAAGGCGUUCGCCGCGUCGGGGCAGCCCAAGGCGGCGCACAAGGUGUUCGAGGAAAUGGAGCGGGACCCGAGGGUGGCGGCGGACAGGGCGGCGUGGAACAUGCUGGUGGAGGGGUACUGCCGGCUGGGGCAGGUGGAGGCGGCGAAGCAGGUGGUGGAGAGGAUGAAGGAGCGCGGGGUGCGGCCGGACGUGGCGACGUACGGCAGCCUGGCCAAGGGCAUCGCGGCGGCGCGCAAGCCGGGGGAGGCGCUGGUGCUGUGGGACGAGGUGCGGGAGCGGUGCCUGGAGGAGGCCGACGAGGAGCUGCUGGGGGCGCUGGCGGACGUGUGCGUCAGGGCGGCCUUCUUCAGGAAGGCGCUGGAGAUCGUGGCGUGCAUGGAGGAGAAGGGCAUCGCGCCCAACAAGACCAGGUACAGGAAGAUGUACAUCGAGAUGCACUCGAGGAUGUUCACCAGCAAGCACGCGUCGCAGGCGCGGCGGGACCGCCGCCGGGAGCGCAAGCGCGCCGCCGAGGCCUUCAAGUUCUGGCUCGGCCUGCCCAACUCCUACUACGGCAGCGAGUGGCGGGUCGAGCCUCUGCUGGAAGGCGAUGAUGACCCGAGCUGAGGUGGUACCAGUCCUGCUGUCAGCGUGAAGGGAAAUUUGGUUCCUUCCUCCUGGCAAAAUUUUGUCAAACUCACAAAAGGAUAUGCACACGCACAUGCAUCAUGUUUCUUGUUGUAAACCUCAGGGAACAGAAUGUACAAGGCGAGUAUGUGACCAUCAGUUAGGUGCUAAUGGAUUACCAAGUGUUUGCUUGGGGACCAACUGCAUCUUUUGAUCUACGCAAAUCGAGCUAUGAAUUCAAACUUACUGCUUGAAGGCUGGAGUAUUUUGGAGCAAAUCUGUUGCAUGCGGAACAUGUUGGCUUACUGAACAAUAAAGUAUAGUUUUUUUAAGGAAACGAUAAAGUACAGUCAAAUGCAUCUUUGGAGAAACACAGUCUCAAAUUUCCACUUAACGAAGAGCAUACCAAAACCCAAGGGCUGGGUUCUCCACAGCAGCGUAUACUUUAGGCAGCCUGACCUUCCCACGAGCCUCCGUGACAGCAAGACAUUCUUCCGUGGAAGGUACCAAAUUCUUCAAAUGAGCUUGUAUUGUCGAUAAGUGGUCUAUCAUGUGCAGUGUAUAAAAUAGCGGACUAUGAUAAUUAGCGGAGAGCUCUUCUCAACUGCUAUAGCGCGCUAUUGCACCGCUAUAGCACGCUACUUAGUACAACAAUGUUGUAGCUGCAGUUGUUGAAAAAUGUUAUUACGCCGCUAUAGUGCGCUAUUUUGUACAUUGAUCCUAUGUCUUAUUUUUCUGUAAAAAAUGGAAUUGAACCGUUA